AUGAAGUACUCUGCCGUCACUCUUCUCGCUGCUCUGGCUGCCUACUCCCAGGCCCAGUCCAUCUCCAUCCCUGGCGGCGACGAGGUCUCCUCUAUCAUUGGCGAUGUUUCUUCCCGAAUUGAUGAUGCCUCCUCCAUCAUUGAGGACGUCUCUACCCGCGUCGGUGAUGAGGUCUCUUCUCGCAUCGGCGAUGUCUCUUCUCGCAUCAGCACCGCCACUGAGACUGGUGCUUCUACAACCGUGACUGAAGCUUCCACCGCCACCGACUCCGCUGAGACCGAGAGCGAGACCGGAUCAAACACUGUCGACACCAGCGCUCUCGCCAGCGUGACCAGCGCUCUUGCCAGUGCCUCCAGCGCUAUCGAGGAUGAGAUUGCUUCUCUCAGCUCUGAUCUCGCCACUGCUACUGGUACUGCCAGCGAGGCUAUUGAGUCCAAGAUCGCUCAGGCCACCUCCAGGGCCGGUGCUAUCGAGAGCAGUGCUGGUGCUGCCGCCAGCAGUGCCACUGGCGACAACGCUGGUGCCAUGCCCACUGCUGCCGUCGCUAUGGGUGCUCUUAUGGGUGGUGCCGCUCUUUUUGCCAAUAUGUAG